AUGAUAUUAUCAAGGAGAUUGUUUGUAAACUUUAUUUUUUUAUUCGCUCUAUACAUUGUGAAUGGUCAAAGUAGUUUUAGUGAUGAAAAAGUGGUAUUCACUGCUCCAGUGUUAGCACCAAUUAAAAAUCCACGAGCUAGAGUCGUAGAAACCGCAAAGGAUUUUCCCGUGUUACGAUUGAUAUCAAACAAUGCGACUCGACUUAACAAUUCUGAACGGAAUGAACAAUCUCGGCCCAUAUAUGUAGAAAGACUUGAAGAUCAAACUAAUAAAAGGAGUUUUUCCAACUACAAU